UUUUGCAUUUAGCCCCAGUGCAGAGAGCCUCUUCAGGUUCUCUGCAUUCUUCUGAUGGACACAAGGACACGCAGAUGGACAAGGCCACCCCUGAGGGGUCUCUGGCCGAGGCGGAGGAGAAGAAGGAGAAGGAUGAGGUGUCCGGUGUUCAGCUGAACAGCGAGGAGCUCUAUGUGCUGAACCUGGAGCACAGAGUGAUGGAGCUGGAGAAACUGCUCUGUGAGGCUCACAGACAGUCUGAGAUGAAAAGCAAGGAGUGUGAGCAAGAGCAACAGGCUCCCAGAGUCCUGAUGGAGAAGUACGAUGAGGUGAAGGAGGUGGUAAAACAGAAUGAGGAGUUAAGGAAGGAGUGUGAGCAAGAGCGACAGGCUCACAGCAUCCUAAAGAAGAAGUACGAUGAGAUGAAGGAGGUGGUAAAGAAGUAUGAGGAGUUACUAAAGGUAAAAGCCUUUUUAUGAAGCCGUGACUGCUAUCAUUACUCUGGGCAUUUCAAACACAUGGGCAUUUUAGUAAUAAUAAUAUAAGCUUAAUAAUGGUAAUAGUAAUAAUAGUCAAGCUUAAUACAAUAGAUACAUUCAUCUUUU